AUGCGGUCCGCCACGUGCGCCACGCGCCCUCUGUUCGCUGCCGCUUCGUUUGCGAGCAAGCGCGCGUCCCGUCCGGCCAAAAGUACAUCGCCGGUCUCUUCUGCAGGGCAGAAACAGCGCCAGCACUUGAACCGACUGCGGGCGGUGCUGGCCACGGGGGCUGCGACAGGUUCGACGCCCGCCUCGAGCCGCGAUCCGAUUCUGUCCACCGAACAAACACCUGCAGCAGCCGUUGCAGUUGCAACAGGAGGACUGGAUCCGGCCGCCAAGAAGCGGCAGAAGGAGUACGCGCGGAUGCUGCGGCUGAAAAAAGCGCGACACGCGCGCGUGAAAGACCUGCCGCUGUUUCGCGAAGGGUCGUUUCUGUUCCGGUGCUUUGGCGAGAAGACGUUGGGGGACUAUGACGAUCUGCCGAAGACUGUCUUUCGCGGUGAGAUUGCCGUGAUCCACUCGGAGCAAGAGGAGAUGCAACACGUCGAGUACUUGACGGAGCAGAAAGUCGUGGGCGUCGAUACUGAAGCGAGACCCGACUUUUACCCGCAAAAAGGAACGAAGAGCAAUCCCGCGUGCUUGAUUCAGGUUUGCACAUUAGAUCGGGCGUUCCUGUACCGCUUGCAACGAGGGAACCCGCUGCCGCCGAUGCUGCAGGAACUGUUUGCCGAUCCAGAUGUCCUCAAAGUCGGCCACUCGCUGAGCGACGACUGUCGUCAUUUGAAGGCGUCGGGUCUUGUACACGCAGUCAAUUCGACCGUGGACACGCUGUAUAUAACACAAAAGCUUGGAUGCAUGCGACCUGGACUGAAGACAGCGUGUCAAGUGUUUCUUCAAGCAUCGCUCGACAAAGAGAUGCAAGUAUCGGACUGGGAAGCGCCUGUGCUGAGCGAGGCGCAGAUCAACUACGCUGCGACGGACGCGUGGGCGCCAAUGCGAGUUUUGCUUGCUAUGAUUCAGUUGGACGGUACAAAGGAGCUACUGCGGACGAAAAGCUACAACUCGCUUGCCCGGACAGUUGUCGACGAGAACCAUGAGGUCUUACUCGGAAAGCUGCUCUCGUUUGCGCUUCGCCACCAGGUACCAAGAAUCGAGUACGAACUGCGUUCGUGA